AUGAAGGUGUCAAUGCUGGUGCAGCUUCUGCUGAUGGGUGUCGUGAGCACGGUGGUCCGGGGGGAACCUUGUCUGGAGCAGACUCGACCCCAUGCGACCCGUUGUGAUCAGUUCUUCCGUUGCGUGCUGCUGCCGUCGGAGACGCACGUCUGGGUUCCAACGCAAUGUGCAAAGGGAUUAAUUUAUGAACCACAGCUUAAGACCUGUGUUUUGCCUGGUAACGACUGGGAGUGCGAUCUGUCGGCCGAGGUAGGCAACGAAAGCGGCGAAAACGUUUACGGCAUCAACAAUCUACCGGCAGCGUUCUACACGGGACCAACCAUCCAACCACUGAAGCCUACAACCACACUGUAUUCCGAGAAGGUUUCAUUUAGCAGUGGAGUGCACGUGACUACUGAGCAACCAGCGCCAAACCUUCCCACCAUCGAUGGCGACCAUGAAGGUUAUUAUAUUGUAUUGGAUCGCGAUGGAAACAAUCGGACGACUAUCUACCGUACAUCGGAUGAACACGGGGACGACGAGGGGGAAGAAGAGUUUAGCGGGGACGGACAACUGGUAGAAAUGGAACUAACGACCGUUUCCAGUGCUGAAAAUAGCCACGGGUUACACUCAUUGGUAUCGGGGGCAUCCGAAGAAAGUAGCGAACUGUCACCGAAUGAGUUAAACUCGUUUUUAGCCGAGUACAAGAUCAAAACUAGUAGUGAGACGCUGAAAAAACCAAAGCGGAAACAUCCGCUGCCAGCUGAUGGUAAAAUUCAUCCUGAUCACUUGAUGGCCAUUUUGAACCAGCAGAAAAAGCUAAACAGCUAUGCAUCUCAAAUCAAACAAAAGGAAGAUCCCACCGGUGGCAUUGGAGAUAAGUCACCAUUUUCGGAUCAACCGGUGUUUACCAAUCGUCCAGGGGGUUCAGUUAUGUUCAAUGUGCCGCAGAGGGUAACGGCAGAAUCCCACACUAAGACUCCACUCAUGUCCGAGGAUGUGAUACGGAGUAUUAUUGAAAUAUCCAAGCAGAUGAUGACGAAUCACAAACCUCACCUGGAGGAGAUGUACGUGAAGCCGAUCUUUAUCCCGGUUUCUGUAAGCUCCUCGACGCAAGACUAUAACAGACUUCCUGACAAACCAACCAAGGUUAUGUUCCACCAAAUGUUUCCAUCGCUUUCCAACAAUACCUCCCAGUUUAGUGCUAAACCGAUUGGUAUUACUAUAACGAACCCUUAUACCCUAGGUCAAGCCACGAUCUACGAUAACCUGCGCGAUCAGGUCUUGAAUGAUUCGCAAUACUAUACCUACCAGGCAACGGUUAUGGAUGCGUACGGAAAUCGAUAUCCAUCGCAGCAACCGAUGCCAAACGUCCAAAUAUUCCCCUAUCCACCAACGAUGACGUAUCCCAGCUACAGCCAGCAAAACUUUCCGUAUCCUAAUGCAAACGCCUACUACAACCAGCCUGAAUUAACGAAUCGCUUACGAAACACGCUUGGCUAUCAAAACGACAAUUCUUCGUCCAACGAAAAUGCUCUCUCGGAAGAAGAGGAUGAUGCCUCGGCUGACACUCCGGAAGCAGACGUCCCUGAUCUCAAUAAUAGUCCUACCUCCAAUGAAGAAAACGUUGAAUACGACGAACAUGCUGAUAUGAAAAAACUAAUAUCUGUUGGCGGAAUCACGUUGAACUACCAGGAUUAUAAGGAUAGUAUUCUUCCACUGCUCGACGCUAACCCGGAUGAAGUUAGAAUUUCGGUUCUCACCUGCACACUUGGAUCGAGACAACCCAAUAAAACCGAUUGCACUAAAUACUACGUGUGCAAUCCACACAACGGAGCAUUUCAAUCUUUCACAUGUCCCUCCUUCACGGCAUUUAAUGCGGAAACUCGAAUUUGUGACACUGCGACCUACAAGGAUUGUCUGAACAAAAAACCAACAAUCAUGCCUACCACCCAACCCACCAUGUUAACUCGAUUGGCAGAUAUCAAACUCAAGAACCAACUGACUACGGAAACCAGCCAGCUUAAGCACGACCUCAUGACUGCCCACAAAUACGUCGAUCUGAUCAAAAAGCAAGCCAUCAAAAUUCUGAGUCGAAACAAAUUAACAACUGAGUCGACCUCCGGAAGCAGCACUCUGGAAAGUGGAACUCUUGGAAUUAGCAAUCCCACGAUGAGCAGUUUUUCGCCGUCGAUCACCGCUCCGAACAUUCCAUCGACGGCAGCAACAAAACGGCGUAAGACUAAACCGAAACGUAAACCAUCAACCAGUCACGGUAAGAAGCGAACGAAAGCCACCUCGAAAUCGGCAGGCUUGAGAGCAAGCUCGACCACCACCACCACCACCACGACAACGCCUGCGCCCGUUCCGAAGGCACCCAAGUGCAAACGGAACGGCAAGAUGCCGGAUCCGGCCGAAAAGCACAAUUACUACGUAUGCUACAAGGCCAACCCGAAGAAGUUCAUCAAGACGCGGAUGGCCUGUCCGAACAGGCUGGUGUACUGCGCAAACACCGAGUACUGUACACACGAGAAGGAGUGCAAGAAACAAUGAGGAGUGAGUUGAUAGCGUGUGA